UAAAGAACAACGUUGGGAACUUCUUCGUGGAGGGGUUCUGCAAGGACCUGGGAUUUCGGUCGUCAGCGUCUCUUCUCGGCCGGCAAACGUUUCUCGGUCUUCGAUGAGUGAUGUUGGAGUUGGCGCUCAUAGUCAUCGUCGUGCUGAUCAUAAUCGUUGCUUUUGUACCCGUCGAGCAUGCGGCUGGGUUCAGGACUGCAAAGCUCAUGUCCAAGCUUCCAGGACUAAAGUCCGUUCCGGUCUUCGGCGAAGGGCUCAAAGUGGCGAAGCUUCAACCGUGGGAACUUAUUGGCUUUCUGACUACUAUUUUUGAAGAGCAACCAAGGCUUUGUAAAUUCUGGAUUGCUUGCUUACCUUUUGUGAUGAUCAAACAACCCGAAGACCUGGAGGUAAUAAUGGGAAGUGUUCACCAUAUUGAAAAAGGCCUAGAAUACAAUCCACUCUUGCCUUGGCUCAAUGAAGGUCUGCUUGUCAGCUCUGGAAAGAAGUGGCAUGCCAGACGAAAAAUACUUACACCAACGUUUCAUUUCAGAAUCCUCCAAGAUAAUUUAAAUUCGAUAAACUACCAUGCAAGAACGUUGUUGAAAAAAAUGCUUAAGCAAGGUAAAAAGGCGUUGAAAAUAGAGGAUUUCAUCACAUUAUGCACUUUAGAUGUAAUAUGUGAUACUGCCAUGGGAAUCCAACUGAAUUCACAAGAAAACGAAGGCAAGGAAUAUGUUGAAUCAAUCAAAAGUGUUGCAUCACUAGCUGUUGCCCGAGCACUGAAAUUCUGGCUGUAUAGACCGUUUAUUUUCAAUCUUUCUUCCAUGGGCAGGGAAUUCAAGAAACAACUGAAAAUACUGCAUGAAUUCACAGAAAAUAUUAUCCGUGAAAGAAAACAGCAAUAUGCAACAAGAAAUGUAUCAUUUGAAGAAGAGGAUGACAUGUUUGGCAAGAAGAGAAAAGCAUUUUUAGAUAGCAUGAUUGAAACGGAUAUAAAAUAUCCUAAUUCAUUCACAAUAAAAGAUAUAAGAGAAGAAGUUGACACUUUUAUGUUUGAAGGACACGAUACCACUUCUGCUGCCAUUAUGUUUGGAAUGUAUUUAUUAGGCCACCAUGAAGACAUCCAGGAAAAAGUGUUCCAAGAGCAAUAUUCUAUUUUUGGUAAUAGUGAGAGAGAAGUUACGAAAAGAGAUUUGCAAGAUAUGACUUAUCUUGAUAAAGUUAUUAAAGAAGUUUUACGGCUUUAUCCCAGUGUCCCGUAUUUUUCUAGAAUGAUGACUACUGAUGCUAAAUUAAAUGAAGACAUGGUAAUACCGAAAGGCACUAAUGUCUUGUUGUGCCCCUACAUGGUACACCGAAAUGAAAAAUAUUUUCCAAACCCUGAGGUUUUUGAUCCUGAACGAUUCGCUCCUGAAGAAUGUGCUAAGAGGCACCCUUACGCUUAUAUUCCGUUCAGUGCUGGACCUCGUAACUGCAUUGGCCAGAAAUUUGCGUCUAUGGAACUAAAAAUCAUCUUCUCUACUUUAAUAAGGUUCACCCAUUUGGAAACAUUAACAAAGCCAGAAGAAAUACAAAUCGUUCCAUUGCUUAUAUUGAGGACAAAGGAUCCUAUUUUAGUUAAAGUUACUCUUAGGCCUUUUGCAGAACAGUUCUUUGGUUGAACAAGCGAAUGUAUUAAAUGUUUGUUAUGUUAAUUCAAAUAAUGCACAAAAUAUUUAAUGUUAAGACAAAUGUUUUAAUUUUUUUAUCUUUCAGUUAGUACAAAACGUAUCAAAGGACAUUUAUUUAUUAUUAUUUAUAAUUAAUGAUAUUAAUAGACUAUAAUAAACGAUUUCUCAUAUUUUAUAUUAUACUGUGUUCCUAAAAGAUCUUCACCUUCAAACUUUUUUUAAAAUCAGAAAUUAAAGUUUGCAUUAUUAUAGGAUAAAAGAUCCCGAAACGCCACAUAAUAAGAAUUGUAUUUACAAUUAAGCUACCUGUAUCUUGUGAAAUUUUGGUCUACAAUAAAAAACAA